AUGGUCAGCAACGAUGCGGACGUCCCAGAGUGGCUCAGUGACGUCCUCGUUGUUGCCAAGAGCCUCGAGGGUCUCGUCCAGUGCCUGCUGGCGGUCGCGCACGGCCCUCAGACUGGUGUCAAGCCGGUUUGGCUACACUCCAAGAUCUUCUCUCGCCAUGCGCCUGAGCAAGUCGACAAGAUCUGUGGGAGAGACGGCAAGUGCUGA